AUGAUUAAUUUAUUAAGGGCGGAGUUUGAGAAUCAGAACAUGUUGAAGAUGACGGGUUUGUAUUUUCUCAGACUCGAUACGAUGAUUCUACUAAUCUUUCUUUCUUGUAGCUAUGCAAAGUGCUACGUUGGUUCGGGGUGGAGCGAGUAUCUUUGAGAUUGUGGGUACUGAUGGAUACGAUCAUGGAAACUCGGUUGUAUGUUCUCUCAGUCCUUCCUGAACACAUGCUGUAUUACUGACAAGAGUGAACAGGUUGGAUUCGGCUUUCAAUCCUCAGCUGGCGUAGACGCUGCGAUGUGGCAAAGGGUACGUGCUUUCCUUCCACCGAUUUUGUUUAUGAGUGACGGCAGUAAUAACUAACUUAUUGCCCAAUACAGGAUGCUGAUAAUACGAAAUGGGGCGAUGCGUCGCAUGUGAUGAAGAUUGCCAUGUUGGAAGAACAAUGGAAGGAAGUCGAGUAGUAAAUUUUUAGACAUAAUGACAAAACCCAAUCAAUAUCAAUGUUGUCG